AUGUUUUCCCUUCGGCAAUCGCUGAGACAUCUCAACUCGUCUACACAGCAGACGAAGCGUCACUUAGCUACUGCAGCUCCUCAUACCCUCCGAGCCAAGCCCAUUAGUCCGUGCUUUGGUGCUGAGGUUGAUGGAGUCGACUGGUCCCGACCGCUCGCACCAGAGGUCGUGAGAGAGAUUAUCCAAUUGCAAAACCGAUGGGGAGUUCUGGUCUUUCGCCAAACUGGGUUGGAUGACGCCAGCCACGUCGCAUAUUCGAGGAAUUUUGGGGCCCUUGAGACCGCCCAUGCCAUGAACAAGCCUCGGCGAGCAUCAUUGCCCCAGCUGUAUGACGCGGGAAAUUUAGGUCCUGAUGACCGGAUAAUCCGUCAAUUCAGCCGAGCUUGGUGGCACACCAAAGGAAAUGGGCUAUGGCACACAGACUCAUCUUUCCACCAGCAUCGCUCAUCCUAUAGUGCCUUACGAGCGGUUGAGCUGCCACCAGUCGGAGGACAAACGAAGUAUGCCGACAUGAGAGCAGCCUAUCUGGGUUUGCCGGAUGAUAUCAAGGGGAGAAUAGAAAACUUGGUGAUGGAACACUGGAUUUGGCAUUCCCGAAAGCUGGCGGCACCCCAAGAAUUCGAUAAACCGACCGACGAAGAGAAAGCGACACUCCCGCCAGCGUACCACAAACUCGUCCAGGUUGCUCCCGACGGCAUGAAUAAAACUCUGUACAUUGCAAGUCACGCACGACGAAUCAUCGGCAUCACGGACAGGGAGUCAACGUCUUUGAUUAAAGCCUUGUUGGACCAUGCCCAGCAACCACAAUAUCAGAUCACAGUGAAGUGGAAGAAUGUUGGUGACCUCGUGCAAUGGGAUAAUCGUUGUACUAUGCAUAGAGCGACGGCGUUCCAGGAUCAGAAGAAUCGCAGAGAUAUGCGACGAACCACCAUCCAUGAUCAUGGACCCGCAGCAUUUGGCGUGAAGAAUCAGCUUUCGGCGGACAAUAUCGACAUCCGGGUGGGUGGCAAGAUUGACAUCUCCGCAGCACCAACUCCAGAAACGCAAACUCAAGAGCAAAUCCUGCGGAUGUAA